AUCCGUCCGAAGGGACAGGUUCACAGUCCACACCUUUUCACAUAAAUCAGACAGUUUUCAUGUUUUCAAUGUAUUUUUGACAGUUUUCACGUUCUCUAUGUAUUUUUUUCCCUUUUUUAUUGACAGACUCUGAGACUGAUUGAGUUGUCAAAAGAAAGACAACCAAAAGGAGCAUUCCCCAAAUUCCAAUCUUCUCCAAGUCAUUUUGUUUCUUUGUUUAGGGUUCUGUUUGACAAGAACGCGGACAAGAAGGUCGAAUAAAUUCAUCUCUCCUCUCUCCCUCUCUCUCUCUCUCUCCUCUUGGUAAGAAUCUCCCCCCUCCAGAGACCACCAGAAUCACUGCCACAAGAAGAAAGAAAGAAACAGUAUAUUUUGUCUUCUUCCACUGGUCUUCAAACCCUCAAACAGUAUAUUUUGUCUUCUUCCACUGUUCUUCAAACCCCCCUCUCUCUCUCUCUCUCUCUCUCUCUCUCUCUCUAUAUAUAUAUAUAUAUAUGUCAUUGCUUGCAUUUUGUCCCCCCGCCACUCACAAAACAGGUCAUCACUAUUGCCAUUUGGAUAUUUCCAACAAAAAUGAAGAGAAAGACAUGCUGCAUUACUGUAGUGGUUACUCUUCUGUGUUGGGUUUCUGUUACAAGCAGGCCUUUUGCAUCCUAUGACGUUCCCCAUCAAGAAGCUAAUCAAACAGAGAGAAACCAAUAUUCCCCAGGAGCUACCUUUGACUCAAAACAGGAAGUUGAGGAAGGCAUGGAACAAAGAAAGUAUAGAGGGCUGAGUAGGCUGGGGUCAAGACCACCAAUUUGUAAGCACCUAUGUGGAAGCUGCGAGCCAUGUGUUCCAGUUCAGACACGCACAACCACUGACCACUUUGGAGUUCAAUAUGCAAAUUAUGAGCCUGAAGGUUGGAGAUGCAAAUGUGGCUCUACUUUCUUCACUCCAUAAAAAGAAUUGUGCUGUUUCAAGCGGUUUUCCGGUAUAUGCUCCGGGACAUAGGAUACAUGCGUGUACCGGAACAUAGUAACAUUUUCGCUAGCUAUUUCAAACUUCAAGCUCUUGCUCUAAAGAGACUUGCGAUGUGUAAACUGAAAAUUUCGUUUUUGAAUAUUUUUUGAGCUUUACACA